AUGGCAGUAGACGCAAUGGAUAUCGACCCUCUGCCCGUGCGCACCGCCGAGGCAGAGCGCAAACGCAAGAGCAAGAAGGAAGCACCCGCAUCGCCCUCCAAAAAGCGCAAGCAACAACAACCACCCUCAGACCCCAGCUCCAGCUCUAGCUCCCCCUUCACCCUCACAACAGCGACGCUCUACCUGCCCCUGUCGCCAAUCUCCAUCUCGCCCACGCACGCGCUGGCCUCGCUGCUCGCCGAGCACCUCUCGCCGCUGCUCUUGACUUACUUUCCCCCGCUGAAGGGCGUCGUCAUGGCAUACUCCAAUGCGUCUAUUUCCAGCCGUCUGCCGUCCGAUUCUUCACGGCUCGCUUCCGAUCCUAAUCCCCAGCCAUUGACCCUCGCUACUACCGCGGACGAGUACGGCGUGCUCUACGUGUACUUGACUGCUACCUUCCUGGUCUUCCGUCCGAAGCGGGGGCAGAUUCUGGAUGGGUGGGUGAAUGUGCAGUCGGAGGGAUUCCUCGGUGCUGUUGUUUUCAACUUGUUCUCUGUGGGUAUUGAGCGCAAGCGCUUGCCCUCGAAUUGGAAGUGGGUACCUCCCGGCGAGGAGGCUGAGACUCCGGCUACGACUGAUGAGGAUUCGAGUUCUGAUCAGGGGAUGGCUGGGUUCGAUGCUGAGAAGGAGAUGUUCCAGCCUGCUUCGUUGGCUGCGGAGGAGAUUCCUCUUGAUGGCGAGGACGAGGACGAGUCUGCUCAUUCGGGAUACUUCCAGUCUGUUUCUGGGCAUCGGGUGCGUGGCUCGGUUCGUUUCCGUGUUGUGGAUGUGGAUAUUAUUCCUGGCUCUGAGCGGGACCGUGGGUUCCUCAGUAUUGAGGGUACGAUGUUGUCUCAUGAGGAGGAGGAUCAGCUCAUCGAGUCUGAGCGCCAGGGUCAAUCACUGCCGCCUUCUUUCUUCUCAUCACCUACCAAGGUGACCCGCACUAUUUCCGUUAUGAAUGUACCGGCGGCGGAGGUUGAGGAGCUUUCGGUUGUGGAUGUGCACCCAGACCCAAGCCCUAAGAAGGAGAAGAAGGAGAGAAAGGAAAAGAAAGAGAAAAAGGAAAAGUCCGAGAAGAAAGAAAAGAAGGAAAAGAAGUCCAAGUCGAAGAAGACAGACUAA